AAUGUGUUUUUCUCCCCCAGCCUCCUCACCCCCUCACCCCCUCCAUCCCUUCCUUUCCUAGCAUUGCAGCAUCUUGUGCUGGACCAGGAGCUGCCAGCCCAUCCCGGAGCGCUACAAACACCCCCUAGCGCCUCCUUUUCUAUACGAGCCCACAUUUCCUCCUCUCCGGAAAAGAAAUCCUCACUUUUCUUUUUUUUUUUUUUUUUUGUCGCGCACGUGCUGUAAAAUGCAGCCACAAAUGACAUCACGUUGCUGCAGUGCUCACUGUCCAUGAAAGGUGUCAGUCGUCGCCUCUCACAGCGAGACAUUUGUCCAGCGGCCACUUGGCUCCGCUCCGCUCCAGACAUCAUGCCAUGACAACGUGGCUUCAUUUACAUCGGGCUCUUAUUGCGCAGGUGGACGCCUGCAUCAGGACUGCGGGCCCGUCCCUGCAAGAGGCUGUGCCAACGUUUCCUCCGGGAUAUUAUAUUGAUUUUUAAUCUUUAUCGGUUCAUUAUUUUUUUUUUAUUGUUUUGGCAGCUGGCAGAUUAAGCCGCGUGCGGAAACUAAUUCCGCGCACGGGUGCGCACGGUGUCAGAAGGAGGGAGAAGGACGCGCUAUCAGUGCGCUGGUGGGAUUCCUUCAUUGCGCUUCCGAAGGAGGAAGUUGUGACAACAAAUGGCCACAGUAACGGCGAGCACGAAACAACCGCCGGCGAACCAGGCGUGACGCGAGCUGCGCUUCCAUCACCACGGGGACCGAAUCAACGCGGAGUUUUCGACCUUCGUGGUUUUUUUGACGGACUUCUGCUCGAAAUCUGACGCCAGCCUCGCACCGUCUGGCGCUUCUUCUGUUUUUUUUUCUUCCGCUGAGAGCGCAAUCUGACGCUCCGUAAACUGCACUUUGCGUCCUCGCACCAUCUGCACCGCUAUUCGCGGCGUUGAGAUUUAUUGUUUUUUUUUUUAUCCGCCGUGUUCCUACGUUACAAACGCGUGCGGGCGGGACUUGAUACGACCACGUACCGACGCUUUAACCCCUUUUUGAAGGCGGCUCGGACGCAAGCCUCCGGCUCUCCCGAGCUUUAGGAUGAUUUUUCGGUGGGGAUUUCAGCUUUCCAUUUUCCGUCUCUAAGCCUCAGUCGGAUCGCACUGGGAUUUAAGGUGGGGUUGUAUCCGGACGCAGGUAACUGGGAGAUACAGGCUUUCCCCUCUUGUCUCCUCCUGAUGACACUUAAGCAGCAGAUUGCCGCUCAUCGCGUCCGUUGGAUUUUGCAGCACGGACCCUGAGCAGCCUUCACGGACGGGUUAAAAAAAACGUACAUUGUGGAAUUAAAUCAACUCCCGCUACCGUCUGAGAUCGCUGGUGAAUUUAUCCUGGGAGACAAGUGUGUGGAAAAUCAUGUGCAGUAGGAUCAACCCUUCGGCGUCUGCUUCAUUAGUCCCACUUCUGCAGCUGUUCAUGGUGUUGGUGUCAUGUGUUAGCUACAUGAAAACGGGACCGACGGAGGGUUAUCAGCCACCGCAGGAGCGAGGAUGCAACAGCACAACUGCUUUGAAGUGAAGCCUGUGAGGAGCAUCCAAAGCGGCACAAUAUUCUGGCAGUGUUUUCCUGUGAUGCCACUGGGAGCCUCCCGCCCCUGCUCUGACUCGCAGCCUGCCGAGCUCAUCGGGAUGCUGAUGUGAGACCUGCGAUGGAGACCGGGGCUUGAUAUCUGAAACCUAUAAACUGCUCAACGAUGGACCGGGUGGUUCUGUGCGUGCUGCUGUGCGCGGCGCUGGUGAGGGGCUACAGCUGCCCCGGCCGCUGCAUCUGCCAGCACCUCUCCCCGACGCUGACGCUGCUCUGCGCCAAGACCGGCCUGCUGUUCGUGCCGCCCACCAUCGACCGCAAGACCGUGGAGCUCCGGCUCACCGACAACUUCAUCACCGUCAUCCGCAGGAAGGACUUCUUCAACAUGACCAGCCUGGUCCACCUCACCUUGUCCCGGAACACCAUCAGCCAGAUCACCCCCCACGCCUUCCUGGGCCUGCGGUCGCUGCGGGCGCUGCACAUGGACGGGAACCGCCUCAGCGUCAUAAAGAGCGACCACUUUAAAGGCCUGAUAAACCUGCGGCACCUCAUCCUCGGGAACAACCAGAUCCACCUGGUGGCCCCCAACUCCUUCGACGAGUUCGUCUCCACUAUCGAGGACCUGGACCUGUCCAACAACAACCUGCGCGGCCUGCCGUGGGAAGCCAUAGCCAGAAUGACCAACAUCAACACGCUCACGCUGGACCACAACCUGAUCGACCACAUCGAGGCGGGGACCUUCACGCUGCUCACCAAGCUGGUCCGCUUGGACAUGACCUCCAACAGGCUGCAGAAGCUGCCGCCGGACAGCCUGUUCCAGCACGCGCAGGUGCUGUCCGACGCCAAGGGCUCCAGCUCCUCCACGCUGGCCGUGAGCUUCGGCGGGAACCCGCUCCACUGCAACUGCGAGCUGCUGUGGCUCCGGAGGCUCACGAGGGAGGACGACCUGGAGACCUGCGCCUCCCCGGAGCACCUCAUGGACAAGUACUUCUGGUCCAUCCAGGAGGAGGAGUUCAUCUGCGAGCCUCCUCUCAUCACCAAACACGUUGUCACCAAGCCCUUUGUGAUGGAGGGGCAAGGGGUCACUCUCAAAUGCAAAGCCGUGGGGGAUCCGGACCCAGAGAUCCACUGGCGGUCACCCGACGGCAAGCUGGUGCACAACAACUCCCGCACCAUCCUGUACGACAACGGCACCCUGGACAUCCUCAUCACCACGCUGAAGGACAGCGGCGCCUUCAACUGCGUGGCGUCCAACGCCGCGGGCAUCGCCACGGCGGCCGUGGAGAUCAGCAUGAUCCCCCUGCCGCUGUUUGUGAACAACACGGGCCACAUGCGUGAGGACCCGGGCCUCUCCGACAUCACCACCUCCUCCAAAUCCGGCAACGACACCAAGGGCUACGACAAGCAGGACAGGAGGGUGAUGGUCACGGAGCUGACCUCCUCGUCCGCCGUGCUCCGCUGGCCGUCGGAGCGCCACAUCCCCGGCAUCAGGAUGUACCAGAUCCAGUACAACAGCACGGCGGAUGACACGCUGGUGUACAGAAUGAUCCCAUCGACCAGCAAGAACUUCCUAAUCAACGACCUGGCCGCGGGGCGGGAGUACGACCUCUGCGUGCUGGCGGUCUACGACGACGGCAUCACGGCGCUGACGGCCACGCGCGUGGUCGGCUGCGUGCGCUUCCACACGGCCAGCGAGGUCAGCCAGUGUCGCUUCAUGCACAGCCAGUUCCUGGGGGGCACCAUGAUCAUCAUCAUCGGCGGCAUCAUCGUCGCCUCGGUGCUGGUCUUCAUCAUCAUCCUGAUGAUCCGCUACAAGGCCUACAGCGGCCCGGGCGACGCCAAGACCAAGGCCAGCGCCAGCAUGCACUCCCAGACCAACGGCAGCCAGCAGCGGCUCCAGCGCUCCGCCUCCAAGCAGCCGUCCGACGAGGGCCCGCGCGAGGCCCCGGGGCCCAAGGAGUGCACGGCGCUGGUGCUGAGGGUGGAGACGGAGAAGAAGGACGACUCGGCGGCCGCCACCGCCGCCCUGGAGGUGGAGCUGCCGCCGGCCUCUACAGACAAGAGGAAAAGAAGAAGCAGCCUGGACGCUCAGCGCUCGGGCGCCCUGUCUGAGGACACGCAGACGGACAGUAGCCUGACGGGCUCCACCAUGUCCCUGUGUCUCAUAGGCCCGAACGCUGGCACCAAGGAGGCUCCCAGACUCAAGGACAAGAAAAGCGCCCUGGCCAACAUGGGCCUGCUCCCUAACGAGCUGGCACGAACUAGGCACAGGUUCUCCUUCGACGGGGGCGAUUACUCCAUAUUCCAGAGUCACAGUUACCCGCGCAGGGCGAGGACGAGGUGGCACAAGUCCACCAACCAGCUCAACACCGAGGCGUCGCCGCUCGCCAGCCGGAGGGUCACGUUCAGCAGCACCGAGUGGAUGCUGGAGAGCACCGUGUGAGACGGCCCCGCGACCCGCCACGGCGCGCACAUGUAAACACACAAACAUGCCAUUGAACGCACUCACUUACCCACAGUACGCGCGCGGACUGGUCUGUGAGUAGCCGGAGAAGGGCCCAGUCUCUCUUCAUCCUGCCUCCUCCUCAUACUCCCGGAGAGGUUCGUUGGCCAUGUCCUUUCUUUAUGCAGCAGUGCCUUAUUCUGAAAAAAACAAAGUGUACGAAUGGAGGAUGCUGCUCACUGUAGUCAUAAACUAGCUAUCACGGGGAGAUGAUCUGUCUGUCACGGCCUCCCACGCCGCUCAUGGGAAGGAAGCGCAUCUUUGGAUUGUUUUUAUUUCCUUCUUUCUGUGACAUGCCAAGGGGGUGCGGCGUUUGGAUGUGACUGUUUAGUUGCUUAACAAACAAACAAACAAACAAACAACAAAAAAACAACAAACUUCAUCAUAACUGUAAAGUGAACAGCCAGGUAUCCUGUUAUGUCAAUCAUGUUUUGGGUUGUUUCAGAAAAUAAUGACAAAAAAAAAAAACUUUUGCACAGAAGACACGAGAUACGAGGACAAGUAUCACCACCAGUCUAUACAAUAAUAAUAACGAUGAAAAAAAGAAUUUUACACGUGCCGAUUUCUAAUGUUAGCGUAGCGGGGAUGGACCUAGAGAGCUGCCGUGGAUUCCCAUUUGACGGUUGGACUGUACGAUGUUAAAUAGGUAUUGUUCCAGAUGUGACUGUAUAUUAAUCGGUACUGUAUCUGGCUGGUCUAGAUAAAAAGACAACAAUCAAAAAAGACAUAUAUAAGUAUAUUAAAACAUUGGUGUAUGUGUACUAACUAUGUAAGUAAGCAAGUCAUAUGUCACAUGACUUUUUACAAAGCAUUUGGGUGUUGGCUGCAAGUUUUUACAUUAAAAACCUGUGUCAUCACACUCGCUCCCUAUUUAGUAUGUCGACGUUUGGACCAUUUAUCCCCUCACGAAGGGUAUUAAAUUUUUUUGUGUGGGUUAACUGUA